AUGGCCUACUCAACAGCCAUCUCUCGCCCUCUGCAGCUCGCAACUCGCACUCUACAGUGGAUUAGUGCCGUAAUUGUUAUGGGUUUGACCUCAUACUUCAUUAGCGUGGGCCCUACCGGCCAGCACCUUAUCUACCAGGAGGUCAUUGCCGUCCUCUCCGUCGUCUUCUUCCUCCCAGCAUUCGUUUCCCCCUUCCUCCCAACAGCACUGAGCAAAUUUGUCCUCGCAAUCGACGUCAUCUUCUCCUACCUCUGGCUAACCGCCUUCAUCUUCGCGGCCCAAGACUACAACUGGCACCUGUGCUACUUCCACUCCCCGGCCGGUAUUCCUUGCGGCCGGAAGUACGCCAACGAAGCAUUUAUGUUCCUAGCCUUCUUCUUCACAUUCUGCGGUGUAUUCCUCGAAGUCGCCGCCCUCUGGGCGUAUCGUAAGGGGAACCGCUCGGUGGCGCCCAUCCACGAGAAGAACGGCGCACCUGGUACUCGUGCGCCGCUUGAUGCGCCCGCUGAGACUACUGCUCCGGCCGGAACUGUCUAG